GCCUCUGCCUGCCUGGCCCCGGCCAGAAUCACAUGCCCCGCGGGCUCCGUCUCAGUCCCAGCCAGCUCCCGUCCGCUGUCCCGCUUCCAACUUUCCCCGCAGCUUCUUUUGCGCAAACUUGUCCCUCAGCUGGCAUACCCGAACCUUGGUCGCCGGCGGGACCCAGCUCGCAGUGUGUCCCUCGCGCCGCGAGCUUUGGGCUUCCCCGGCUCCCAAGGCAGUCUGGUGCCCCUCACUCCCUGCCUGCAGAGUUUGGGAUCAGGGUGGGCUGGUGGGAAGCGUCGAGAAAGUUUUGCUUUGCUUUGCUUUGCUUUGUCCUUUUAAAGGAGUGUAGGGCGAGAGGAGGCGAGUUUGAAAAUGAUGAGAGCAAGGGACUCUUGGACAUCCCCUCUGGGACUCGCUCUUUGGGUACUGACCCUGACUUUAAUGGGGGAAGUGACUCAAGGGCGAACCCUCGAAGAUCAGGAUUAUUAUAUCCAGGAGAUCUUGAACCGAGAUCAUUACUAUGCCUUCCCCGAACCCGAGGAAGAGGCUGCCACAGAGAAACCCAGAGAGGAAGCGGAGGAAUUUGGGCGCCCCGAGGAGAGACGGCAGCCCCCCAAACUCAAGCCAACCAAAAAAGAGUUAAAGCCGAAGAAAGCCAAGAAGGAAAAACUGAUUCUUGAGACACCUCCAGGCAAAAAUGGCAAUAGGAAAAGUGAAAAGACCAAGAGUCAUGACAAAUUUUCAAAUGGAGACUAUGAAUCCCAAAUUGUUUCUGAAGACAUCAGAGAAAGUUGUCCUCCCCUGGGUUUGGAAACAUUAAAAAUCACUGAUUUCCAGCUGCAUGCCUCAACAGUUAAGCGAUAUGGCUUGGGGGCUCACAGAGGCAGACUCAACAUUCAGGCAGGUAUUAAUGAAAAUGACUUUUAUGAUGGAGCUUGGUGUGCAGGAAGAAAUGACCUUCACCAGUGGAUUGAAGUUGAUGCCAGGAGGCUGACCAAAUUCACAGGUGUUAUCACACAAGGAAGGAACUCACUUUGGUUGAGUGAUUGGGUGACAUCGUACAAGGUGAUGGUAAGCAAUGACAGUCAUACUUGGAUCACUAUUAAGAAUGGAUCAGGAGAUAUGAUAUUUGAAGGAAACAGUGAAAAAGAAAUCCCAGUUCUCAAUGAGCUUCCAGUUCCAGUGGUGGCCCGUUAUAUCCGCAUAAACCCUCGGUCAUGGUUUGAUAAUGGGAGCAUCUGUUUGAGACUGGAAAUUCUAGGCUGCCCAUUACCUGAUCCCAAUAACUAUUAUCACAGAAGAAAUGAAAUGACAACCACAGAUGACCUGGAUUUUAAACAUCACAACUACAAAGAAAUGAGACAGUUGAUGAAGAUUGUAAAUGAAAUGUGCCCCAAUAUCACAAGGAUUUAUAAUAUUGGCAAAAGCCACCAAGGACUGAAGUUGUAUGCUGUGGAAAUCUCUGACAACCCAGGAGAACACGAAGUUGGUGAACCGGAAUUCCGCUAUAUAGCAGGGGCACAUGGGAAUGAAGUGCUUGGACGAGAGCUUAUGCUUUUGUUGAUGCAGUUUCUCUGCCAAGAAUAUAGGGCUGGGAACACACGGAUCAUCCGACUCAUUGAAGACACUCGGAUUCAUCUUCUUCCUUCUGCCAAUCCAGACGGUUAUGAGAAGGCUUAUGAAGUGGGCUCUGAAUUGGGAGGAUGGUCUCUAGGACGUUGGACCCAUGAUGGUAUUGAUAUCAACAACAAUUUCCCAGAUUUAAAUACUCUGCUUUGGGAAGCUGAGGAUCGUCGGAAUUUCCCAAGAAAGGUCCCCAAUCACCACAUUCCAAUACCUGAAUGGUUUCUGUCUGAAAAUGCAACGGUGGCUCUUGAGACAAGGGCAAUCAUAGCCUGGAUGGAAAAAAUCCCCUUUGUGUUGGGAGGUAAUUUACAAGGAGGAGAAUUGGUGGUGGCGUACCCAUAUGAUAUGGUUCGAUCAUUAUGGAAAACACAGGAGCAGACACCUACACCCGAUGAUCACGUAUUCCGAUGGCUGGCCUAUUCCUAUGCAUCGACCCACCGGCUCAUGACAGAUGCCCGGAGAAGGGUGUGCCAUACUGAAGAUUUUCAGAAAGAGGAUGGCACUGUGAAUGGAGCUUCGUGGCACACUGUUGCUGGAAGUCUGAAUGACUUUAGUUACCUUCACACAAAUUGUUUUGAAUUGUCAAUAUAUGUGGGCUGUGAUAAAUAUCCUCAUGAGAGUGACCUACCUGAAGAAUGGGAAAAUAAUCGUGAAUCUUUGAUAGUAUUUAUGGAACAGGUUCAUCGUGGCAUCAAAGGCAUAGUAAGAGAUUCACAUGGAAAAGGAAUUCCAAAUGCUAUCAUUUCUGUGGAAGGUGUUAACCAUGAUAUUCGAACAGCCAACGAUGGAGAUUAUUGGCGUCUCCUAAAUCCUGGAGAAUAUGUAGUCACUGCAAGGGCAGAAGGCUUUACUUCUUCAACCAAGAACUGUGCUGUGGGUUAUGACAUGGGAGCCACUCGGUGUGACUUUACAAUCAGUAAGACCAACCUUGCAAGGAUUAAGGAGAUCAUGGAAAAAUUUGGAAAGCAGCCCAUCAGUCGACCAGUCAGGCGACUGAAGCUGAGAGCAAGGCAAAGGCAGCAGAGAAGAUAAAAUCUUGACGUGAUGGGUUUUUAAAAUCAAAACCAAUUGUAUUAGUAGCUACAUAGCCAACAUGCACAUUGUUGUUAUUUUUUUCCAUUUCAAGACAUGGCAAUUAGUAUGUGUGUAUUUCAAGGAAAGUCCCAGGAGACAGAGCUCAAAGCUCAAAAUAUUUCCCAUUUUGUGAUCUUUAUAUGAAUUUUAUUCAUAUUGUAGACUCAAUGUAGCAAGGUAAGAUCAAUUGAUAGAAGUGGCACAUAGCUUCUUGGACUUAAGAAAAACAAAGUACUUAAGUUUUAAGAUCCCCUUCCUAAAUAGAGGAGAAAGAUGGGAAAGGGGAAGAAAUAGUGAUAAUAUGACAGCAGGAAUUCCAUGUCAACCUUGAAAUGUGUCCAAUUAAAAUGAUAAGAUUAUAGAUUUCUAUCUAGAAGUGAUAUUCAAAGUUAUUCUAUUCCGGUCUCCUAAUUUUACCAAUAAGGAAAUGGAGGCCAAAGAGCAAAUCCUGAAAUUGAAUUCCAAACACAGCUCCCUUUCCUCUGUGUCUCACUAAUGCUGCUGCUACUUAAGAAGCUGGUGGGAAACUUAGGAGAUAUAAUCUCAUUAAUUCUUUGACAUUCCAAACCACAUCAAAUAAAUCCUACAUUCUAUAAACAAUAGGAAAUACACCCUGAGCUACGAUGAGACUUGUUUAAUCAAUGUAAGCUUUUUUCCCCUCAACAAUAAAGCUUUUAUUUAAAGCAAAGAAGGGUAUCACAAUCAGCACUGUGCCAGGAAUAAUCUUAAAUUAAUGGUCUGGCAAUAGACUUCCUAAGAAGUUUGCUACAUUCAUCUUACUCUGCUCAAACUAUUGGGUAGUGCCUUGAAUAAUUACUGUGCCCUCCUUCAACACAGGGUCAGUGGGAUCAGCUUUUCAGUAGAGAAGUAGUGCUUUCAAUCAGCUUCUAUCUUUUGGCUUGGGACUUUUACAAGACCUGAAAAAUGAGUGACAUAAAGACCCAUCACUUUUCAGCUAUACACACUUCCCUUUACAGAAAAUGUAACCGACCUAAACUGACCGAAAAGAAGCCCAGAAAGUCAGGUUUAGUGUAUGAAAUGCCUCACCCAUUAAAUCAGGCUAUACCUUUACAAUAAAUGAGAAAUUGCCUGGAGAGUCUUUGGCAGAUCGUUUUGAAGGAGUUGGGUUGACUCUAUGAGAAAGUCAGUUCUCCUUUCUUGUUUUUUUAAAUAGUGCUGAUAGCCUAUUGACUUGGAAGAAUGGGGGAAAAGGAAAUUGUGAGUUCUUUGUGCUUAUGCCCUUUAAAAGUAUUGAAUCUAUAAAAUGCCAGGUCACUCUAAGUUCUUUUAGCAAAGGUCAUUGUUAGUAAGAUCAGCCUUAUUGGAGAAAAGCUUCCUCUUCUCAAAAAUACAUAUGCACAUCCUCUCUCUCCUCAUCUCCCCAUGACAGGAUGCAAUUGAGACAGUAUUCUGAAGGCAUUUCCUGAUAUUAGUUUGCCAGUACUCCCAGAUGUGGAAUGACAAUGUUUUUUUCCUUAAGAAUUAUAACUAUCUUUUGCCAUUUUAAGGAUUUUAAUUGAGAACUCUCUCCCUCCAUUUGAUUACUUAUCAAUAGUUUAGAUCUUCUUUAGUAAAAUGACUAUAGUACUUACAUCACUAUUGUCAUCAGGAUUCUUUAAUUAGAGUCACAAACUUAGAAAUGGGAACUAACCCUUAAAUUGUCUUAUCCACCAGAUUCAGUAUCACUAAAAAUAAAUUUAUUAAAUACCUACUGUAAACAAAGAACAUUGUAGUAGAUGCAAAAUGAAAAGUAAAAUUUAAAUCUUAUUUUCAAUAUACUCAUAUUACAUUGUGGGGUUUAGGAGUGUACUGUGCAUAUUCAAAUAACUAUAAUAAAAAAUUCAUAAUAAGUACAUAGCCAGUUUCUGUCCUAGGUAGAGACUGGGAAAGAUUGUUUCAAGUUGGGGCAAUCAAUUGAGACUCAGAAAAGGAGGUCAAGUUUCAUUAGACAGACAAGGAAAGAGUGAAACAAAGAGAAAAUUCAAUCCAUUGAAAAGAGCAUGGACAAAAUCCUGGAGCUGGAUAAUAUAGCAUAUUCAUAUGGCUAGUUUUGUCAAUCUUUAAACAUAGUUUAAAAGGAAAGGCAUACAUGGCCAUUCUAGAACUUCUUAACCUUUUCACACAAUUCCUAGUAGGAUAUUGAAUUUUUUUUUCAGAUUCUUCACAAGUUUAAAAACUAAUGUAAUUUCACAUAAGAAGAUAGAAGAACUCAUUGGAAUCCUUUUUUUGGCUUUCUUUCCAUCUAAGAGUUCUUUAUUUUAACAAUCUUUUGUUUACCUGACUUCAGAUAAGCUUACAAAUGAUUGACUGAUUUUUUUUUUCUCUACCAUUUUUCUAGGUAUUUUUCCAGUUAGACCAGUAAUAAAAACUAUGUCACAAAAUCAACUUCAUCCCCUCAUAUUUAUUCUUCUUGUCAAAUAUAAAAAUUUCAUAGAAUUUUUUUUCAUAAUGAUAUCAUCUAUUUAUGCUGAAAAAAUUUUUGGAAAAUACCACCUCAUACGAUGUGACAAAUUAUCCCAGGCAUUGCUGUUUUGGAGAAUUGCCUUCUCCUUUGUGUGAUUAAACCUCUAAUCAGGGGAAUGCACAAUUCAUUUCUUUUACAUAUCCUUUGGAGAAAAUGGGAUAUGAUUGUUGGACCAGCAACCAUCAUUAAUGUGGCCAAAUUUGUUUUAAUUACAUCUGCAUUUACAGAAUAUGGGAUGUUGAUAAGGACUAGACCUGUGAGUUCAUUUACUAUAGGGAUUUUCUGCGUGAGUGAAUGGACUUUACUAAUACAAGUCUAUACUUUUUUGCUGAGUUACAUAAAGCCCUGAGAUUUUAAAUGAUAUAGCCCAAUAUAACACAGGUAAUUAUGUCAGAAGUGGGAUGUUAACUUAGAUCUUCCUGGAUUCCAGACUUGAUUUCUAUACAUUAUGACAUAAAAUUAUGAUGUAAAAUAUCUUUUAAAUUUAAGGGUAGAGUGUUGGAGCCCAACAGAGAUCUAAAAGAUUGAAGAUGAUUUUGUUUUGUUUGGUUUUGAAUGGAGGAAGUUGUCAAAAUAUUUUUUUUUUAAUAAAGCAGCCCAGGUUAAUUGGGGAUUCUUAGUUCCAUAAGAAGCCAUGUCUAUUUCUAUAUGACCACAAUCUAAUAGGAUUUGUUUUUUUUUUAAAUAAUAAUUGGAUAAGUUUUAUUUGCUGAAGUUGAUCCUUAUGGCUAAAGCAUGUGAUGGUUAUUCAAGAUCCUCAUUAACACUUCUUCCCAUGGCCUUCAUGAAUAUUUGAGACCUUUGUCUAAAUUACUCUUCCCUGAUUUAUAGAGUCUGCUAUGGUUGCCUACCCAGGCCCCAGGAUUACCAGAAAUAAUUAAAACAAACAGAUAAAAUGAAUAAACAAAACACUUUUUAAGUUCUGCAGCUAACUUUGAGAUUCUUUUUCCUGUUUUGAGAAAGGAAAAGUGUCAUAGAUACUUAAUUCAUAAACUUGGCUGUCAGAAAUCGGGACAAAAUGUUACACCAAGAAUUUAUGAAAAUAGAUAAUAAAGCAGUAAAGCAGCU